CUAAGGAAGCACGUUUACGGCUGGUGGUGUGGCGCAAACAUUUAGCAAGCUUGAAGGUUUUUUGUGUUGUCUAACAAAAAAUAACAUAAAUAGCCAUUUGUCAUGCUUCCACCUGUACCUGGAUUAUUAUAUAUCUUAUUUUUUACCAUUCAGUUACGGUUUAUUUUUGGGCUUGUGUGUUUGGAGGCUAGCUAGCUGUUAGCGGUGUCAAGUUGUCGACCACUAACGAUAGAAGAAGAAACACGGAACUGUCAAACAGAGUAAUUUUGACUCACAGCCUCACUCACAAACUAGUGUUCAGCCUCAGGUUUGAAUGUGUGUGUUUUUAUCCUGUUUGUUCCAGUUAACACAAUGGCGUCUGACAGCCACCACUGUGCGUGUUGCUCCCAUCCUGUCUCCUCUCCCAGUGUUCACCAGACGAUGAAUGAAAUGGAUUUUGAACGAGGUAUCUGGUCUGCUGCAAUGGAUGGAGACCUGGAGAGGGUCUCGUCCUUGGUCCAGAAGGGCACAGACCCUAACCUGAGAGACUCAGCUGGAUACACAGCUCUGCACUAUGCGAGUCGCAGUGGUCGUCAGGCCGUGUGCGAGUUUCUUCUUGAGAAUGGUGCUUGUGCAUCUCCCCGGACACCAGGUGGAGCCACUCGAUCGGCUUACUGUGGUCACCUGGAUGUGGUUCGACUGCUGCUGCACCACAGAGUGGACCCACUGCUCUGUGAUGAUGAUGGUGCAUCACCUUUACAUAAGGCUGCAGAACAGGGUCAUCAGGAGGUCUGUCAGCUGCUUCUGGAGCACCGUCCAGCACUCUGCAGCCAGGUGAACAAGAGGCUCCAGCUCCCUUACCAGCUGGCACCACAGGGAGAUCUGCAGGAGCUCUUAAAACCACCACGGUGACGACAGACACACCGCAUCUGGACAUGAGUUACUGCAGGCAAAUAAUAUGAGCUGAAAACACAGUAGGCGAGGUCCACGUUAACCAAGAUGUCACUCAUUUCACUUCAUUUGACUGGUUUUGUCUGAAGUGAACACCAUCAAAGAGCCACUGGAUGAACAGGACGUUAUUUUCUGCCUUCAUACCAUAAACAUCAGUGGCUGCACUGAGCUUUAAUGUGCAUUUGUUGGUGAUUCCACUGUGGAAUGAGCCGACAUUCAGAUUUCUAAGUUUAGUAUGAGAGCAGAGCAGGCGUACAGGUUAGCGACAGACAGACAGGGAAAUUGUUUGACUUUGAAAGGGGAGAAAGCAACACAUAAAUGCUAAUGCUGUCAGAAUAAUUUGAAAGACGGCAUAAUGACAUAAAAGCUAGACAAAGAGCAGCAUUCAGAGUCAGAAAGCUUGUUGAAAGUGGCUCUGGGAUGACUGGUUUCAUCCACUCGGUUGUUAUAUAUUAAUAUAUUAUGUAUUUUUGUCACAUGCUGAAUUUAUGCAGCGUUUGCUCUCCAUGCAGCAGUUUGUAUUCAAACUGGAGGCCAACAUGUGAAGCGAUCCCUGCUGGGCAGCAGGGGGCGCUGUGGUCUAAAAAAACACACCACGUGAACUCUCUGGCAGCUCACACACACUGACCUCAUUCGAUCCUACGGACCACCGUUGGAAAACUAAACAGGGUGACUGUUAGAAAGAGAGAGAGCAGCAUCAGUGCAGCUGUUACAGCUGAUAGUAAGACAUCAUGGAUGGACACCAAUGUUCAGCCAAGUUAUGUUUAUGCCAUCGUGCUCGGUUAUUUCCUGUGUAUUCAUGAAGUUAUCAGUCAGUCACUGCAACAGAUGACGUGAUUUAAAGGUCAUUUUCAUACGUUUGUAUUGGUAGACAUCUUCUAAACUUGACAUAUGUUGCCAGUGACCCGUCUCUGCUGUAGCAACAUGUCUCGGCUGCUUCUGCUGUACUGGUUUUAUGCCUCUGUAAGUGUUUCAGUAAAUACUUGGGACCUACUGCAGAUGUUCAUGGUUGAUCUCUUUGCAUUUUUGGUGAAGCAAUAACCUCAAACCACACAACUCUGGCUGCUCAUUAGUCACGCCUUGUGGUUUAUUAAUACCUUCCUGUGUGUUAUUGUUGCCUCUGAUGGAAGAAUAAGCACAAUUAAAUGAUAA